AUGGAUGUUAACUACUCAACGAAUGCCUCAUUAGGUCUAAAGAGAUGUCUAUGCAUGUGUGCUGAAACGGUGGUGACAGCACAUGUCUGGGAAAGUGUCGUACUUGUAAGAAGAAGGAUGUCCACAACGUCGACGAGGUCGGCGUAUGCCAUAGCACGGCAUCACACAAAAGCCGUUCCUCCACUUCUGCGGCGCCACUACUGUGCGGCUAUCUCAGCUGCCCAAGUGAAGAAACCGGUUAUGCCAACGUUCGUCACGGAGAAGCUGAAGGAUAUGCAGCUUGAGAUAGCCAAUCAAUUCAUUACGGAUGCGCCUCUACCAACAGCAAGCUAUAGUCCUGCAAAUGCCAUUCCAACGACAAGCAGCGAGUUCACGUCGAGCCUUGAGAAGAUGGCAAAAUACUACUUCGAACAGGGUGGUAAAAUGUUUCGACCAACAGUUGCUCUGCUAAUGGCUAAUGCCUGCAACGUUAGUGCACCCAAAGAUGUAAGGUUAGAAUGUGGUUCCGAAGAAAUAUCCAUUAACCAGUACAAGAUUGGCAUGAUUAGUGAGAUGAUCCACACUGCAAGCCUAGUACAUGACGAUGUGAUCGAUGGUGCUGAUAUUCGACGCGGGCAUGCCUCGGUUAAUGCCAUUUGGGGUAAUAAAAUGGCAGUCCUUGUUGGUGAUUUCAUACUUGCUCGCGCGACUCAGAUAUUAUGCUCAAUCGGUCGACCAAAUGUGAUCUCUGUUAUGGCGUCAAUAAUUGAGGACUUGGUCAUGGGUGAGUUUAUGCAAAUGACCGCAAAAGCAGAAGUGCCUGAAACUAGGAUGGAACAGUAUAUGCAGAAGACUUUCAAAAAGACGGCAAGUCUAUUUGCAAAUAGUUGCAAGAGUGUGGCUUUGCUUGCAGAAGCCAGUGCUGAUUUGCAAUGGCGUGCUUCGGAGUAUGGACGUCAUCUUGGGUUAGCCUUCCAGCUCGUUGAUGAUCUCCUCGAUUUCAUUGCUUCCUCAGACACUGUUGGGAAGCCAGUUGCUGCAGACUUGAAAUUAGGUCUCGCUACCGGUCCCGUAAUUUUGGCUGCUCAACAAUACCCAGAGCUAAAUGUCUUGAUGGCUAGGAAGUUUGCUGAACGAGGAGAUGUGGACCGUGCAAGAGAUAUUGUGUUGAAUUCCGAUGGUAUCCCACGAACUCGGCAACUCGCUCGCGAGCACUCGCAGACUGCGGCUAGAUUGGCUGCAACCUUACCGAAUAACGAUGGCGCGGCUGAUGUCCUUGUGGAUUUCGCGCUUUCUCAGUUAGAUAGGCAAUCAUAGUAGUGUAUAGCAAAAACAGUUCAUGUGUCUUAGUAAUUUUUAUGUGUAAUCCAUUUACUCACUUUGAAAUAUCUACCUGUUUGAGCUGCCUUACUCGACUUAUCGAGCCUUCGUACACGUUCCCAAGCUUUUAUACACCUCUAUCAUAUUCCUCAUGCGAUGAAAAGUCAUCGCAGUGCUGCUGCCUCACUUGCGCGACUUGGUUAUGAGCUAGGCUUUUUAUCCAAAUUCCAGCGAUGCUAUAUUCUAUCGAUUCUGAACCAAAUGUGAUGUAGUUAGUUUUUACCUCAUUAGCGACAUUUGUUGUUGUCUUUAGAAUUUCUUAUGCUGCGAUUUUGUUACUACUUACCAUGGAAAUCUCUUAUAGGAAGAAUUGUAUGUGGUGUCUGGAGGAGACUAAUGUUGUUAAUGGAUAUUCGUAAUCAUGUAUUGUUAAUCAGUUUGUACCUCUUGUAUGUAGUGCUCAAUUCGUGUUUUAUAUGCUCAAAAACCUUUUUUUACAGCCAA